GACAUUCUUAAAUUUGGACUCCGAAUGCAUAAUAUACCAAAAAACGAAAAAACUAAAAUAUGUACACUUUUCAUAAAAAAAUAAUGGUAUAUUAAUGUUUCUCUAAAAUAUAGUAAAAUGUGGGACAUAAUACUAGUACCAGUACAACACUGGGUGGAAAAGAGCAAAAUUCAAAAGCCGACCUUUGAUCAAACGAAGAACAGUGACAAUAGUAGUAGUAACAUGCGAGCCAAUUCAGACCACGUAGGCGAAAUCACCAAUCUCUUCGCACUUCCACACGUUUGCCUUUUGGCUUUGGGUCCCCAAUCCCAAAAGGAAGAAACUUGUGUGUAACUUCGAAACUGCAAAUCUCCCCCAAAAACUCAAAAUAAAGUCGGAAACACACUUUGUUAGGUCAGAGAACCACUUAAAAAAUAUCCACAUUAUUACUAUGUUUUAACACGAGGUCGGAGAACAAAAUAAAACAACACGGUCGGAGAGGGCAAAAAAUAAACAUAAGCAACCAGUAGUGGUUGGUAAAAUACAAUUCAAACUCAUCCCAUUAUAGGAAUAGAGAAACUCUAGGCCAUCAAAGUCACGUUUUCUCAUAUGCCUUUUUUUUUUUUUUUUGGUUUUGGUACUUCGGAGUUAGGGUGGGAAAGGGGGAAGAAAGAGAAGGGUUUAUAAAUAAAUGAUGAAUCUAAGAAGAUAUUCAUAUUUGAUAUCGAAAUCCAUAUAAAUACAUGUCUAAUCGACAACGGGAACGAGAGGUCUAUGUAAAAGAGGCAGAGCGAAAAAGAAAGAGAAACAAGACAAACAACGCCCAACCACGCAAGUUGAGAGUUCUUGGCUAUUGGAGGAGAGGAAUCUCUUUGGUGUUAUCAAUCUACUCACCAAUUAUCUUACCUUUCUCUCUUCUUAGCCCCAUAAUAGUUCCAAGUUCCAAUUUUUAUUUUUUUUAAAAUUGCUCUUCUGACGACUUAUAUAAAAGUGGUUAUUUUGUUUUAACCCUCGCAGUUUCUCUCUCUGGGUUCUCUGUUCCGAGUCUAGAGAGAGGCCUCCUCCAAAAACCCAGAGGGCCAAUCCAAUUUGAACCCCCUUUCCAAUUUCGCGACAUGGCUAGUAUGGUUUUAUCAGAAUGUGGGGUUAGACCACUUCCCCGAAUCUACGCUAAACCCACGACUGGCGCCCUAACUUCCUUCAAUGCCAAGUUGAGAGUGCCAAAGCUAGAUCUGGGCCGUCCUUCUUUCUCUAUCUCCAGUGGGAUUAAGGAGAGGAAUUGGGCAUUGAAGGUCAGUGCACCGGUUAGAAUACCGGAGAUUGAAGAAGAGGAUAAUGAAGGGAGGGAGAGAAUUAAUGGUGGCCUUAACGGGUUGGGUUCGAACCAGGAAGCUGAAUUUGACCCGGCUGCCCCUCCGCCAUUCAAAUUGGCUGACAUUAGAGCAGCUAUUCCUAAGCAUUGCUGGGUUAAAGAUCCUUGGAAGUCCAUGAGCUAUGUUUUGAGGGAUGUUGUCGUUGUUUUUGGAUUGGCAGCUGUAGCUGCUUAUUUCAACAACUGGGUUGUUUGGCCUCUCUAUUGGUUUGCUCAGGGAACUAUGUUCUGGGCUCUGUUUGUUCUUGGCCAUGAUUGCGGUCAUGGAAGCUUUUCAAAUAAUCCGAAGCUGAACAGUGUUGUGGGUCAUAUUCUCCAUUCUUCAAUUCUUGUACCCUAUCACGGAUGGAGAAUCAGCCAUAGGACUCACCAUCAGAACCAUGGCCAUGUUGAGAAUGAUGAAUCAUGGCACCCUUUGCCUGAAAAGAUUUUCAAGAGUUUGGACUCAAUCACCAAAAAGCUGAGGUUCACCUUACCAUUCCCCUUGUUAGCAUACCCUGUUUACCUGUGGGGUAGGAGCCCUGGGAAAACCGGUUCUCAUUUCAACCCAAACAGCGACCUGUUUCUCCCAAAUGAAAGAAAUGACGUGAUCACUUCAACCGUAUGCUGGACGGCUAUGGCUGCUUUGCUUGUUGGAUUGUCCUUUGUGAUGGGCCCGGUUCAAGUGCUCAAACUCUAUGGCAUUCCCUACGCGGUUAGUCCACCCUGCUUUGAUUUUUGUCGCUUUUCCUUUUUGCAUUUUCUUCUUGUGGUUUCGUUGUUGAUUUCGUUCUCUGGGGUUUCCGCAUUGAUAUCAACAACUAUGAAUGCAGAUUUUUGUCAUGUGGCUGGACUUAGUUACCUAUUUACAUCACCAUGGGCAUGAAGAUAAGCUGCCUUGGUACCGUGGAAAGGUACGCUAAUUUUCUAGCCGACUUGAGUCAAAGAUUGUGUUCGAAGAAAAAAUCUAAAUGGAAAACACUAGUUGCAACUUUAGAUCAGGUCAACUGCAAUAAGAUUAAGUAAUACAAAAUGGAAUAUCCUGUCGCCUUCUUCCGGCCAUUGAAUGAUGAUUUUCUUUGUCGAAAUCAAACAGGAGUGGAAUUACAUGAGAGGAGGGCUGACCACACUUGAUCGUGAUUACGGAUGGAUCAACAACAUCCACCACGAUAUUGGGACCCAUGUUAUACAUCAUCUCUUUCCCCAAAUCCCACAUUAUCAUCUAAUAGAAGCAGUAAGUUGAUAUUGAUCUUGACGCUAAAACAUUUCAGCACUACCUUUUGGAAUCAGCCUUUUUUUUGGCGUUGAUAAUAUCACAGUCUGAUCUUACUUACCAUUUAUUGGUGUUGUAGACUGAAGCUGCAAAACCAGUGCUGGGAAAGUAUUACAGGGAGCCUAAGAAAUCAUGGCCUCUUCCAUUUCACUUAUUGGGAGUCCUGAUAAGAAGCAUGAAAAAGGAUCAUUACGUGAGUGAUACUGGGGAUAUUGUGUUCUAUCAGACAGACCCUGAGCUUGCUGGAGAAUCUCAGUAAUCAAAUUGUAGCCCUGAAUGAUGUUGUUUGACUUACAUAUGAAGCUGGCCUGACGAAGCAGAUUAGGCAAACAAAACACCAUUCUUUUUGACUGACUAUAAUCUGCAAGCUCCGUGAGAUUUCAAGCUUGUUAAGAUCAUAGAGUCAAUCAAUUUAUUACCGUGUAUAUUUAAUUUGCCUCUCCAAUAACUCGAGUGGAGGGGACUAUAGUUCCCACGAAUCAUAGAGCAAAGUCCUGAUGUAAUCAUAGUGGAGUGGAAAAGGAAAAGGGGUGAAAAAGAUGGUAACUUGAUUGAAUGCAAUAUAAGGCCAUUUUACCCGGUCAGAGUGGUCCGAUUCAAGAUUUCAGAGCAUGCCUUGUGCCACCAUUUUUGUAUGGUGGAGCUUUUGUAACGUGAAACUUGCAAUUCGCCGAAAUCUAGGAUGAGAUAUGCCGAUUGUUACUAUUGUUCAGUGAGACAGACGUUUUGUAUAUCGAAAUCAAAGGUGAGGCUGAAAUAGGCCAACUAUAAGGCACAAGGCAAUGAUCAUGAUGUCCUUUUCUAAACAGUAGAAUCCAAAUUGCACAUGCUCCUUGUUUUAGUAGUAGGCCCUGUCAUUCUCAGAAUGCUCAUUUUGUGUCCAAACCAUGCUACUAGUUGAGGAUCCAUUCAUGUGGUUCACCAGUGGUUUUCUUUCUUUUUUUUUUCUUUUUUUUUCUUUUUCCAUAAUUGCAGGGUGUUCAUCCGUCGGCAAUAAUGACUAAUCCCAUCGCUGAAUUGUAAGAACCUCAAUGGAUGAAACAGCUGGCCAAAAUAUUUAAGAUUGUUCCAUGCUCAUGGCGAGAUUCGAACCCUCGACUUAUGAUUUAGGGUGGAGGAGUCUCUCCUCCACAACCAUUUUGGUUGGCUCACCAGUGGUUUCGAUGCGGUGAUAAGGUCAAAUACACCCAUACACUAAUCAGUAGUACCAUGAUAUCAUUAUCAUAAAGUAAUCACAACCACAAUGAUUGACAAUAUUGGUUGACAGUAGAGUUGAAAUCAAAUCAGGGGAUUAUUUCGGACAAUAUUAGCAACCCUAUCCUAUUUUUCACAGAUCAAAAUUUGGAGGAACGAACGGCAUUCAUGAAAGACGAUAUCAGUGAUUGAUCCUUCUGAAUGCCAUCAGCAGCGCAAAUACCACUGCUAACAUCUACUCCGUGUGGUUUAAGAGUUGAGAGUGCCUCGGAUACAUUGUUUGGAUUAAUUCCUCCAGCUAAUAGCCACCCGUGUUUACUUCUAAUCGGAGGCAGCUUGAACCUGGACCAAUUAAAACCCUUACCACUGCAAAACCACAAAUCAAAAAUUGUCUGCAUUAGCCCAUUCCCAUCUUUAAAAUGAAUAAAUAAAUAAAUCUGAUCGUGUGUUCCAAAAUAUCAGUUCCACAAGUGCACAACUCCAACACAAAAGUUGAUUCACCUUGCCACAAGAUGUGGCAUUAGCAACAUUACCUAAUGGUAGCACAACCAAUAUAAAAAAUAGAAUGCUUAUGAUGAUCGUUACCUUUUUCUGUUUAGGACUCAGAAAAUAGUCGUGCAUUUUGAAAACUUCUGUAAUUUUUAUUGUUAUGUUUUUGUAGUCUGCUACCACCUACAACAAUCUCUCCUUAGGCUACAUUCAUAUUUGAAGGAAAUAAAAAUCUCAGCAUAUUCAAUGUGUUUUUCAUUUUAUGUUAAAUCUAGAUAAUAGAUAGGGGAAACAAGUGUUAAUGAUGGUAUUCAGCAUACUAAAUGUGUUAUGCAUCCAAGGUUUGACGAAGUAUUACCUUCCACCUUUGGCGCUGUCAAC